CAAUGGUCGAUUCUUAACAAACCCUUAUGUCAACCAUGUGUUCGGAUUCCGAUACCAACGGAUUUUGAUAUUGUGGAAAUCAGCAACUACAUUACGUACAACAGAAGUGUUAAGGAUGAAGAGGAAGAAUUCCAAGUAAAAAAAUCUUUGGCCAAGGGUAGGCAGAUGUAUUGCUCAGAGAAGCUAUUAUCAGCGUUGUAUCAUCAAUUAGAAGACGGGUCAUUGUAUGUUAAGGGAUCAUGUGAGGCAAGCAUGACCAGCAACGUAACGUACAAACCAAUUGUAAAGAUUAAGACCGAUGGGGCCAUUGGCGAUAGCACGUGCACCUGUAAGGCAAGGUCAGAUGGAAAGUGUGUACACGUCGCUGUUCUAUUACUCAUGGUUGAAGACCUAGUUCAAGGAAAUGAACCAAAGAUGUAUUGUCCCUCCACUUCAAAAUCUCAAUACUGGGGCCAUGGCUCGUUAAAGCGUAAAGAUCCCAUUGCUCUUCAUGCUAGAACCUACAACAAAAAGAGGAAGCCGGAUCGUUACCUGCAACAUGACGUUCUCGCCAAGACCGUUGAAAAUCCGUCCCAAGCCACCUUGAAACGUAUAUUUCAAGGCCUUCAAAGGGAAUCUAUGUGGGACAGGCUUUUAACCUAUGUAUAUGAAAACUAUUUGUGUUCUCCUACACGUAAACAAGAGCUCAUCACAAAUGUCAUGGAGCUGAUGAACAAUCUCGAAAAUGACGCCAAAGGUUUUAGUAACGACCCCCUGAGUAACAGCUUCUGCGUUCAUGCCACUGGUACAGUGGGUCAGGCUGAUGUCCCAUUAUGGAUGGAGCUGCGUAAAUGGAGAGUCACUGGCUCAAAUUUCAAAAGUUUUACUUCUGACAAUCCAUCUGUUGUGGCCAAGAGUGUUUGGAGAAACCAAGACCUUCCCGAUUUACGUGCCUUGAAGUGGGGCCAAGAUCACGAAUCUGUGGCAAGGAAAGAAUAUGAGGAAACUACAGGCGAUACUAUUGUCGAAACUGGCCUUUUUAUUUGCAAGGAAAAUUACGUGUUUGGUUAUAGUCCAGAUGGAUUGAUCGUAACUGAUGGACUACUGGAAAUCAAAUGCCCUUUUAGUUUACGAGAACUUGAGUUUGAGGAGCUUGCUGAUCUCCCCGCUGUCAAGAAGUCUGGACUUCCAUUCACGUUUGACCAGCAUGGGGUGCAUUUAAGAAGAACACAUGCGUACUUCUAUCAAGUACAUCUCGGUAUGUUUGUUAUGGGCCGGAAAUUUGCUGAUUUCAUGGUGUAG